AUGGAGGAAGCAUUGUAUCCUAAGAUUGGCAUGGAGUUUCAGUCAGAAGAUGAGGCAUACAACUUCUACAAUAGAAAAGUAAGUAUUUCUCAAGAAGCCCAAACUGAGAUUGCAAAUGAUGCAGGAAUAUCCUUGAAACAAUCCCAUAAACUCAUGGGAAAAAAGGCAAGUGGAUUAGGCAAUAUUGGCUACACUUGUGAUGACUUAAAACGCUAUCUACGAACAAAAAGAGAGAGGGGAUUAAAGUAUGGUGAAGCUGGUGCAAUGCUACGAUACUUUGAAGAACAAAAAUUGAAAAAUCCGUCAUUUUUCCACGCAGAGCAGCUUGAUUGUAAAGAACAAAUUACAAAUAUAUUUUGGGCUGAUGCAUCAAUGCUGAUAGAUUAUACCUAUUUUGGGGAUGUGGUUACAUUUGACACUACAUAUAAAACUAACAAGGAGUACAGACCAUUAGGCGUAUUUGUGGGAUUCAAUCAAUUUAGACAAUUGAUUAUUUUUGGAGCAACUCUAUUGUAUGAUGAGACAAUUGAAUCGUUCAAGUGGGUGUUCGGUACAUUUGUAGAGGCAGUUUGUGGAAGGCACCCAAAAACCAUCUUCACAGAUCAGGAUGCAGCCAUGGCCGUUUUAAGUGAGAGUCUAAAUGCUUCCAUAGAAAAUUAUCUGAAACUUGAUCAUGAUCUGGUUCAAUUCUUCAAACAUUUUAACCGAGUUGUGGAUGAAAAAAGAUAUAAUGAACUAAGAGCUGAGUAUUACAAUCGACAGAAGCUGCCAAUGUUGGGAUUGCAACAAACUCCCGUACUGAUCCAGGCAACUUCUAUAUACUCUCCAUGUAUGUUUGUUGCAUUCCAGAAUGAAUAUGAUGAAUCCACUACAAUGGUGAUCUUGGACCAAAAGCAUACUACAAUGCAUGUGGAAUACAGUGUCAGUCACUAUGAUGGAUGA